AUGGAAGCUCCAGACCAAAGCAGCAGCAAUCCGUCCUCCCUUGGACUCAGCAGCGAGCCCGAAAUAAUAGACAGCUACGACGAACAGCUUCCAACCUCGAGCCAUGCCCUCGCCGAAGAAAGCAUCCAGACCGAGGUCGAGAACAAAGGCGCUGCUCAGAUCAACCAUGACGAGCUCGAGGUGAAGAAUAUCGGAUGGAAUGAAAAGGCACAAUACGUCCCACAGCCGGUGGUCGGUGGAAUGAGAAACGAAGAGCUGUGGAUCUUGAUCCGCCGCUUCAACAAGCAAAUCUUCCAAGUCAGGAGCAUCGAUGCUGUUCCGCUGGCGGAUCUGGACAUGAACAUUGCGGAUGACGAUGCCUUCUCUCCAGACAAGCUGCGCGCGCAGUUGGAGCGCUUGUACAUGACAGUCGUAGUCUCUGUGGUUUCUCUGUGGAAUCACAUUGUGCGCCUUCGUUCGUGGAGAGAGAGGAAGAGAACAGCGGCGUUUCUGGCUGUGUAUAGCCUUGCGUGGCUGUUUGACUUGCUGAUGCCCGUCGUCAUUGCGUUUCUCAUCGUCUUGAUUGCCUAUCCGCCGGCUAGGACAAUCUGUUUUCCUCCAGUACCGCCAUCCAUGGUCGAUUCCAAGACGGGAGGCGUGCAAAAACCGCCUGCUGGUGUCCUUGCCUCUGACAGCUCCAUCACCGGUGCGCCAGAGAAACACGAAGGCGAGGGCGUUGAGCAAGAAGCACACAGCUUCGUCAACAGCAUCGCGUCGGUUGUCAUUAGCACGAGCGCGGGAAAGCAUCCGCAGGGCGAUCCCCACGACGAUAACACCGCCCCAGAUCCUACAAACAUAACAGAGGACAUUUCAAAUGCCAAAGACGCGACGGACGGAAAAGAGACCAGUGUAGAACAUGACAGGACAAAGCAGCCCGUUUCUAAUAUUGUCUGGACCAGGACGGGGCCUGUCAUGCAUCUGAUUUCGGAAUUGGUCGAUACUUGGGAGCGGUUUGGCAAUGCCCUCAGCCCGACACCACCGUUUCCUAUUGAACAGCCCAGGUUGACGCUGUCUGCAUGUCUCUUACCCCCCUUCUUCCUCUCGCUCUGGGUUUCUUCAUACAUGCUGCUUAAAGGCCUCGGGUUUGGUGUUGGGUUUGUUCUCUUUGGCGACCCAAUCAUCACGCCGGCUCUGCAGUUUGUCAACAGGACAUACCCGCGCUGGGAAAAAUUCAUCCAGCUGCGAAAUACAAUUCUACGAGGCAUCCCAACAAACGCACAGCUUGCGGUCACGCUGCUGCGCAUCGGCGAAAAGAACAAGACGCCAAUACCUCCGCCUCCAUCCUCCGAUGCACCACUACCUACAAAGAUUGAUCCUGAAGCUGCACAGCAGGUUGGCAAUCUAGGCGUCACGGAAGAAGAAGCGAGGGAAGCGCUUCGACCCGAUUUAGACCACGCAACAGAAGUAAAAGAUGACAGCGAGCAGCGGAAGCCCAAACGGUCACACCGCAUCCUCAAUUUGCUCAAAGGCACCACCAAAGGCGGCGUGCACACGGCCCUCGCUGCCGACAAAGCCAAAGCUGCCGUUGGUGCUGUUCACGCACGGAAUCGUCUAGGCGUGGUUAACAAACCCUCCGACGCCGAUUACAUGUCGGGCCCAAUCUGUUUUCCCGCUCGGUGCCGUGGAAGAAAGGGUCAUGCGUACAUUACAGCAACAGCUACAAGUCCCGCGCUGAGCUGGACCUCGGAUAUCGAGGAUGUGAACCCAGCGUGGACAGUGGCUAUUGAAGACAUUGCCGAGCUGAAAAAGGUUGGUGGUCUAGGAUGGAAGAGCAAGAUUCUUGUCGGAUGGGCUAUGGAGAGAGAAGUUGUGGAUGGACUGGUUGUGAGAACGAUGGACGGAAAGGAGCAUCACUUGACAGCCAUCUCGAUGCGCGAUGAGCUGUUCAACCGAUUGAUUGCGAUGGGGCAUCAGAUGUGGGAAGCGUGCUAA